AUGGCUAACCAAGAAACUUAUGAAUUCCAGGCUGAGAUCACUCAGUUGAUGAGUUUGAUCAUUAAUACAGUCUACUCCAACAAAGAGAUCUUUCUAAGAGAACUUAUUUCUAACGCUUCAGAUGCAUUGGACAAGAUAAGAUACCAAGCUUUGUCAGACCCAAAGCAGUUAGAGACUGAGCCAGAGCUCUUCAUUAGAAUUACUCCAAGGCCAGAAGAAAAAGUUUUGGAAAUUAGAGAUUCCGGUAUUGGUAUGACAAAAGCUGAGUUGAUCAAUAACUUGGGUACUAUUGCUAAGUCUGGUACCAAGGCUUUCAUGGAAGCUCUAUCAGCUGGUGCCGAUGUUUCCAUGAUCGGUCAAUUCGGUGUUGGUUUUUACUCUCUAUUUUUAGUUGCUGACAGGGUGCAAGUCAUUUCUAAGCACAACGACGACGAGCAAUAUAUUUGGGAAUCUAACGCUGGAGGUUCUUUCACUGUUACCUUAGAUACUCAAAAUGAAAGAAUUGGUAGAGGUACCGUAUUGAGAUUGUUCUUGAAGGACGACCAACUUGAAUACUUGGAGGAAAAGAGAAUUAGGGAAGUUGUAAAGAGACACUCCGAGUUUGUCGCUUACCCAAUUCAGCUCGUUGUCACCAAAGAGAUUGAGAAGGAUGUUCCGGUCCCUGAAGAAGAGAAAAAGGAAGAAGAAGCAGAAGACAAGAAGCCAAAGCUAGAAGAGGUUGAUGAAGACGAAGAAGAAAAGAAACCAGAAACUAAGAAGGUGAAGGAGACGGUCAAAGAAUUGGAAGAACUAAACAAGACAAAGCCAUUGUGGACCAGAAACCCCUCUGAAGUUACCCAAGAAGAAUACAAUGCCUUCUACAAGUCUAUUUCAAACGACUGGGAAGAUCCUUUGGCGGUUAAGCACUUUUCGGUUGAAGGUCAAUUAGAGUUCAGAGCUAUUCUGUUCAUUCCAAAGAGAGCUCCUUUUGACUUGUUCGAAUCUAAGAAGAAGAAGAGUAACAUCAAGUUGUACGUUCGUCGUGUGUUCAUUACCGAUGAAGCUGAAGAAUUAAUUCCAGAAUGGCUAGGGUUUGUCAAGGGUGUUGUUGAUUCUGAAGACUUGCCAUUGAACUUGUCGAGAGAGAUGCUGCAACAAAACAAGAUCAUGAAGGUCAUCAGAAAAAAUAUCGUAAAGAAGUUGAUUGAAACUUUUAACGAAAUUGCUGAGGACUCCGAACAGUUUGAAAAGUUCUAUUCUGCUUUUGCCAAGAACAUCAAGUUGGGUAUUCAUGAAGACUCUCAAAACAGAGCUGCUCUAGCAAAGCUGUUGCGUUACAACUCUACCAAGUCUGUAGAUGAAAUGACUUCUUUGGCUGACUACGUCACCAGAAUGCCAGAACACCAAAAGAACAUAUACUUCAUCACUGGUGAAUCCUUGAAGGCAGUCGAGAAGUCUCCAUUCUUGGAUGCCUUGAAGGCCAAGAACUUCGAAGUUCUGUUCCUCGUUGACCCAAUCGAUGAAUAUGCUUUCACACAAUUGAAGGAAUUUGAAGGGAAGCCGUUGGUUGACAUUACCAAGGACUUCGAGUUGGAAGAAACCGAAGAGGAAAAAGCUGAAAGGGAGAAGGAAACCAAAGAAUUUGAACCAUUAACUAAGGCUCUAAAGGAAAUUUUGGGGGACACUGUUGAAAAGGUGGUUGUUUCACACAAGUUGGUUGAUGCCCCUGCCGCCAUCAGAACUGGUCAAUUUGGGUGGUCCGCCAAUAUGGAGAGAAUCAUGAAGGCUCAAGCGUUGAGAGACUCCUCUAUGUCCUCCUACAUGGCUUCCAAGAAGAUUUUCGAGAUUUCUCCAAAAUCAUCUAUCAUUAAGGAGCUAAAGAAGAGAGUUGACGAAAACGGUGCUCAAGACAGAACUGUCAAGGACUUGACCAAUCUAUUGUAUGAAACUGCCUUGCUGACUUCUGGUUUUGCUCUAGAUGAGCCAGCUUCUUUCGCAUCGAGAAUUAACAGAUUGAUCUCUUUGGGUUUGAACAUCGAUGAAGAAGAAGAAGAAGAGACCGCCGUUCCAGAAACUGCAUCCACUGCACCAGCUGAGGAAGCACCAGCUGAGACCGAGAUGGAAGAAGUCGACUGA